UGAAUUUCGAAGUUUCCCCGCGAGAAAUGACAAAUAAAAAAUAAUCGUAAAUUUGAAAUUGCAUGUAUUUUAGAUAUAAUUGCUAUAAGAAUUCCAAGAAAAUUAAGAAAAAUAAUGUCCUUAGCAUAUAUGAAACCAGUUGUAUGGAGUGUUCAAGAUGGCAUACUUGUUCGGGAUUUAAAAAAAUCUGAUUGCAAGGCAGCGCUAGAUUUUUUAAAGAAAUGGCACUUGACAUCCAGCGUUUUGUUGCACACUUUCAACGUUAAACAUUGUUGCAGUUCACUUAUGAGUUUCUUCCAAAUAGUUUAUUACAUUAUGAAAGACGAGACGUCCUUGCUUGCAAUCGACGAUGACACUCAGGAAAUUGUCGGAGUUUUGGUGGGAAAGCCAAUGAUACGGGAAAAUUGGAGCUGGAACUUCUUCAGAAUGUUACUGCCGACGAAUUAUGUUUCUCAAAUUAUUGGAAACUUUGAACGUGAUAUGGUCAUGGCUCAUGUUCCGAAUGCAGAACACAGGGACCCGCCUUCAAGUUAUCACGUAUUUGCUAUAUGCCUGUCACCUGCCUAUAAAGGGAGGAACCAAAAGCCAAGAUUUUUGAUUGAUGCAUAUAAAGUCGCUCGGAGUUUAGGCCUGCCGAAGUUAAGUUUCAUAGGGAAGUCCCUUAAUGAUCAAAUUCGUGCAUCAAGAAUAGGAAUGACUGAAAUAACGAAAACGUGCUAUGGCGACUAUGUGGAUUCAAAUGGAGAGAAACUCAUAAAAACCUAUCCAUCUGGCCAGUAUUACGCUAUUCACUUCGAGAUGGAUGUCGGGCCAAAAUGUAAUAUGUCAAUCUACGAAAGGAGGAUAGAAUGAUUGGGCAAAUAUUCAAAAUAUAUUUGGGUAUGAAACGUGUAAAUAUAUUUAAAACAUUGAACAAUUAUCC